UCUCGGACUUCCGGUGAAUUUUUCGAAGAAAUGAUUCAACAACAAUUUGGGCUGUACAACUACAAGUUUAUUUGAUAUUUUGAUACAAUAACAAACAGACAAUUAAUGCAUUCUAAAGACCAUAAACAAAAUGGAGCCCAAGGUUCUAGUGUUGAUAAUUUAUCAGGUUCAAGACGCAGAUUGGCCAGAAUCCGUUGUAUUCUGGAAUGUAUCCAAUGUUUAAAAGAGCGAAAAAAGUUUCCAGCAUGCAUUUGUUUUGUUCCUUCUGAAGUUGAAUAUAAAUGCCAAAGUAAAACAACACUAAGGGUCUAUCCUGAACCCUUAAAAAACAGUAAAAAAAUAAAAGACUUGCAUUGUACAACAGAAUCCCGAGUAGUAGCAAGUGGAGAAGAAUAUUGCAAUUCUCAAGGGAAAUGGCUAAGGAUAAAAAGGUUUAGAGUUACAUCAAAUGAUGAAGAAAAAUUUGAUACUGAAGCUUGGAUACAACAGUUCAGCAGCAAAAGUUCCAAUGAUGAAGCACCUGUUUUAGUACCAGUUGACAAAGCAUUAAAAAGGACAAAUCCAAUCUCCAAUUGGGAAGAAGUUGUAGAACAACACUUUGCCAUUCAGCUACCUAAAAAGAAAUUAGACAUCAUGGCCGCUGAUGAAGAAGCUGUAGAUAAAUUAAGACAAGUACCUGCUAACUGGUCUAUAGAAUGUGAAGAAGCCUUAGUUCGUUUAAUGUCACAACAUAUACCUCCAGAAAAUGAUCAUUUAGGAAGCAUUAAAAACUAUGUAGAGGCUGUCGAUGUCUCUUCCUGCUGUGAUGAAUCUACUGGUUCCUCUCCCCUGACUGAUGGGGAUCCAGACACAUACUGGGAAAGUGAUGGUAGUGCAGGCAGACAUUGGAUAGAACUCAAAAUGAAGAAGGGUGCUGUGAUAUCAGAAUUGAAGGUGACCUUAGAUGGCUCUGAUGACAACUAUCUUCCACGGAAGCUUGUUGUGGAAGGCGGAGAACCUAAUAAUUUUACUGUGUUGAAUACUGUUAAUAUAACCUGGGAAAUUUCUGAUGUGGAGGACAUACCAUUGUUAGAGAAUUCGACAGAACAUUAUCCUUAUAUCAUGAUCAGAAUCAAAGAAUGCAAAUGUGAGUAUACUUCUGGUGGUAUAGAUACUCGUAUUAGAGAGAUAAAGAUCACAGCAUCAGAAGGGAGAUACAUGGGAUUUGAUAUGGACGUAUUCAAGAAGGAUAACUUAGUCAGAUUUCCCAAGUUAGAAUCAUACACUUCAGAACAGUUAUAUAGGAGAUCUAUUUUAAUUCAAAGAUUUAUAUCUAUAUUGGAUAAUGUACUUAAAUAUUUAGUUCCGUCCUGGAAAUACUCAGUUGGUUCAUACAGCUCAUUAGAGUUUAUACGCCAGCUUUUGCCUUUAUCAAAGAAAAGAAUGCAUUUAAUAGAAACAUUUGUCAAAGAAUCGGCUACAGAAAGACCAUCAGAUACACCUAAGCUGUAUAUAAAUAGAAGAGCUGCCAUGGAACAUCGAUGUGAACCAGGCAAUGAUCCAGAUUUUAAAAAUUCGAUUUUCUCACAGAUUUAUGAAGGAUUAAAACCAAGAGAUAGAAAUAGUAAAUGUUUAGACUAUAGAUGGUCAUCACGCUUUGACCAGUGGUGGGAGUGUAAGUUCAUGUCAGAAGGUGUAAUUGAUCAGGGAGGAGGUUUCAGGGAUAGUUUGUCAGAUCUUUCUGAGGAACUCUGUCCAGUAAACAGUGAUGCAGCUUUACCUCUACCAUUCUUCAUCAGAUCUCCUAACCAGGUUGGAGAUGCUUCUAAUAUUCAUAGAGAUGUUUACAUAUUAAAUCAUCAAUGUCGAGAUUUUACCAAAUAUGAAUGGAUAGGACAACUAAUGGGAGCUUGUCUUCGUGGCAAAGAAAAUCUGGUGCUAUCUUUUCCCCCAUUGAUCUGGAAGAUGAUAUGUGGAGAGAGGGUGACCUGGACAAGAGACUAUCAUACUGUUGAUGCUGCUGAGGUAAAGUUAAUAGAUCAGCUAGAAACAAUGGAUAAAGAGACGUUCUCAGGAGCAGGUAGAAUCUGGAGUACAACAAUGACUGAUGGUACACCUGUAGAACUGAAGGUAGACGGAGAGGGAAACCCCCUUCCUUUAGACUAUGAUGACAGACAGGAAUAUUGUAAUAAAGUCAGACAAAUCAGAAUGUCAGAGUUUGAGCAACAGAUUUCUGCUAUCAGAAAAGGUUUGCUGAAGACAGUACCCCAAGCUGUAUUUGACUUACUUACGUGGCAAGAGCUGGAACACAGGAUUAGUGGCAACCCAGAUAUUACAAUAGAGGCUCUUAAACGUUCUGUACAUUAUGAUGACAUCGAGGAAGAUUGUUCUACUGUUAAAUACAUGUGGCAAGCAUUAGAAAAGUUCUCUACAGAAGACAGGAGUAGAUUUCUCAGAUUUGUUACUGGUCGUAAACGAUUACCUGCUCCAAUUUAUGUCUCUUCUGGUAAAACAGAUGCUAUAGAUUGUUUACCAGAGUCCUCAACUUGUGCUAAUAUGCUUUACAUUCCUACAUAUACAAGUUCAAAGGUCGCUGAAGAGAAGUUAAGAUACGCUGUAUAUAAUUGUACAGACAUGGACGCCGACACGUUAUACUUGAGUGAUACAGAUCUUGAUAUAUUUUAAUGCUAAGAUUGCUGAGCAGAAACUACGCUACGCUGUUUACAAUUGUACUGACAUAGAUUUAGACUUACAAGACUGGGGCGAUUCAUCAGAUACUGAAUAAACAAUAGCAUAUACCUGAGAUACACAUAGCUCAGUAGACAAAUAUAGGUCAAAUAGUCCAAAAUUUAUUGCUGAAUGUGACUUUUUAUUAUAUUAAGAAAUUUAAACAUUUAGGGUAUCAAAGUGUUGUCAGAUGGUCAAACUUCUAAUGUUUGACAGCAAUAUUAAUUUUGUUCAUUUGAUGAAAGUACAACAGGUCAUAAGAUACUGGUUCCUGAAUAGAGCCAAAGGUACCAGAUGUUAGCUGUAGGUGUCAGACCACCAAUUAAAAGUCCCUAUCUGUUCAACCAAAUUUUGUAAUUUUCACAUAUUUCUAAAUAUUUGACCUUAAGCUUAACUUCAUAGAAACCAGGUAUAUCCUGUAUUGUACAUGUAUCACCUUUCUCAUAUCAAUUUUCAAACCAUGUUUAAAAUCUGUUACAUUGUAAGAAAGAAUUGUCUUUGGGAAAAGAACUACCCCCAAAAUAACCUGUGGAAACUUUUCUAUAAAUGUUAAAUGAGUAUACUAUGUAGCUUGUUAAUCUAGCAAACUCAUAGACAGGUGAAUUUUGGCACAAAAUGGCCUGACUAUAUUUCUCUUUCACUAAAAGUUUCAUUUCUGCAAGUGUUUUGGUUCGUUUAAGUAAACAAUGACACCAGAAGCACUAUUUCAGAGGAGGGCUUCUUUUACAUAUGUUCUAAAUUGGAGGGAGUAAUUGGUGGUCUGACACCUAAAUAAUAUAUUAUAUAUGUUACUUUUAUAAACGCAUUCUGGUAUUUUAGCAGUAUUUUAGUUUAUUAUCACAAUUACGGUAUUUCCUUAAUUUUAGUUCUAAAUCAUUUGUUCAAAAUAUACAUAUAUACCAUUUUUUUUGUAACCUGUUCAGUAUUAAAGAGACUGCAUAUUUUUCUGAAAGUGAAAUAUUGCAUGUAAAAAAAAAUAUAUUUUAUAACACAGUCAAUAUUCUUUUUAAGGGCAUACAAUACAGUUUUGAUUCUGUAUUUACAAGUUCAUGAAAAUUUGCAUAUAGGCUCUUUUUUACUUGAUUUAAUCAAAUAUGUAAUAAAAAAUAUACCUUCAUGUUCUACUUUUUGAGUAAAAUGAGGUCGAAAUUUUGUAUAUUUGCUGAAAAUUCAGAUUUGUGGCCGUAUUUCUGUUUUGAAAGAAAGACAUAACUUUUUUGUUAUAAAAGGUUAACACAAAUUGUUUUUUGUUAAAUAAUCGUUAAUUUCUGUAUUUUAUAAGUAUCCUAAAAAUAUAUUUCCUUUUUUAUUCAGAAAUAACUCAUAUUUAUCAAAUGUUCAUGAACUGAGGAAAAAACGUAAUUUUUUGCUGCUAUUUAUCAAAAUUGAAAAAAUCCUCUAUUUACAGUUUUAUAAAAUUUGGGUCUCAUAAUCUCCCUGCAAAAUGAAACACAUUGCCGUUUUGAAAAAUAGGGGUCCAUGAACUCGUUUUCAAAUUAAAUCAGUUUGAAUGAUAAAAAUCAGUCGAAAGAAGCAUCUUUUCCUGAUGUGGGACAGUUUGAUGUCGCGAAAAUAACAUUUUACGUUAGCAAGGUCAUUACCUCCCCUGUAACUGUAUCGUAUGCCCUUAAUGAAUAUGGAAGGAUUGUUAAAAGUGAAUUGUGAAUGUUUAAAUGCAGCAACAAAAAUGGAAAGCACAUUAAAUUGAUUUGUCAAUUAUGGUUCAUUAUAUUGAUAUGGUGUUGUUCAAUUUUAAUGUUAGUGAAAAAUGAAUCUGGUUAAUUAUAUGACAGGAUGAGAGAGGCUUUGUAAAGAUAUUUGCUUUUAUACUAAUCAUUAAUAUUUGAUAUUUUUCUUAGAUAUUCACAAGCAAUGAGCAUUGUUUUUUUUUGUUUUUUAUUAUUUGUUAUUUCUGCCAUACCUUUCAAUCUUUCAAUAGUUUUUUAGCCAAAAGUGAAGGUUCAAAUUGGUAAGAAUAGGAAAUGUUUCAACAAAUGUUCAGAUUAGAAAUCAUGUUUUAAGUAUACACCAGCCUAUUGUUUCCCUAUCUAAUUGUAUUCAUUGCUAAUGUAAUCUGAUAUUAUGUAUGAAGCUGUAUAACAAUUUAUUAUUAGAUAUUCUACACCAGCCUAUUGUUUCUCAAUCUAAUUGUAUUCAUUGCUAAUGUAAUCUGAUAUUAUGUAUGAUGCUGUAUAACAAUUUAUUAUUAGAUAUUCUGUGAUUUGUUUAUGUUUUGAUAAACCAAUGUGAUUGUUGGUUUUAUAUUCAAUUAAUAAUAUUGAUGUUAAG